UCACCCGUGCAAGUCGAUCGGCCCGGCUGUAGCAGCAGGGGUGGAGGGAAAUGGCACCUUAUACCACACCUCGUGGCCGAUGAGACACUGGUAACAGCAAGAGGGCUUAGCCCCAGGGUGCCACACAGUGCUGGGUUUGGCAACACGGAGGCCGUCUUCUAGUGUCACAUAUUGCAGCCAGCAUCGGGUCGGCAGGAACAGCAGCACCUGCUUAUGUGCAUUGCCUAGUAGCGAUACAGCCAAGGCGUGGGAUUCCUCGCCUGGGCCCAGUCACUCAACCUGUGGUUAGUUCAUCUGUAAAACACAGUCCUCGUGACUGCUUCACAGCAGUGCUGGGAGGCCUCUUUAACGGUGUGUAAAGUACUUGGAGAUUCUCAGAUUCAGCGUCUGUCUUGGAAAUGGUACCGAAGUGGGCCCCGGCUGUUGGUUUCACACUCUUGCCCCAUACAGGAGGGUUUUUGGGAGGCAUGAUAACAAAGAGAGAGAUCCCUAUAUGGUAUGAAUCUCUUGAGAAGCCAUCCUGGCGUCCACCUAACUGGAUGUUUGGCCCUGUCUGGGGAACUCUGUAUACAGCAAUGGGAUAUGGUUCUUACUUGGUAUGGAAGGAGUUGGGAGGUUUCAAUGAAGAGUCAAUGGUUCCACUUGGGCUGUAUGCAGGGCAGCUGGCAUUAAACUGGGCAUGGACUCCCAUAUUCUUUGGAGCUCACAAAAUAGGAUGGGGGUUGGUCAAUCUCCUACUCACUAGUGGUGCAGCAACAGCUACAACUGUCACCUGGUACCAUGUCAACAAGAGAGCAGCAUAUUUGAUGUUCCCUUAUUUAGCUUGGUUAACUUUGGCUUCUGUGCUCAAUUACCGCAUCUGGAAGGACAAUAAAAACAAGAAGCAAUCUUAAUACAGAAUCUUCUGGUAGAAGGUGUCAAGGCGGAAGAUUUUUUUAUGCAUUUCCCAAAUAAAAUUACAAUCCUGUUUUA